AUGACGAAUAGCAAGAGCCCGCGCAAGCGUCGGCCGUCAAGGCACUUGAUGCGGAGAACGCCAAUAGUGUUCGCCGUGGCAGUCAUCCUCGCGUGGGAGGUGCUCUUCCACGCGCGCUUCCCGGACUUCGUCAACCAGCCGCAUCGCGCAAUCGCCGAGUUCUCGCGGAGUUAUUUGAAGAGCCGUCGCGAGCCGUAUUUGGCAUUCGUGGGCAACGAGAGCACCCUGUUUCAGUUCUCCAGCUCGUGCGUCGACGCGCUUCGCGACCGCGCCGAUGAGUUCAAGUCGUCCUUCUUUCCACGUUUCGGGUUCUUUCAACGCGAUUCAAGGCCCAGUUGUCGUGCCAAGCUGUGCCACGCGCUGCGGCGGUGGGCCCAGUUGGCGCGGGCGCGGGAGUUAAGAAGCAGGUGCAGCAGCGGCGCCGUGGCAACAAGCUGCGGCGCCAACUCGGUUGCAUCGAGGACAUUGUUAAGACAAUCACAAGCUGACAGCUUCGCGUCUGUCCGGGGGCAAGGAGCAGAUUCGGGCGAUAGAUUAGACUCGUUAGAAGCUGACCCGUUGCCAGAGGAGGAAGUGGAGAAGCAGCAGGGCGCGGGCGUGGGGCAGAUCUGCACGGAGGCGUGGAAGCGGGGCGUGUUACGGCGGGUGCGCAGCAGCAAGUACAUCCGGCGGCUGCUGGCGGAGAAUGAGACGAGCGUGGCGCGCAUCGGCGCGGGUAUUGACGCCGUGUGCGGGCGAAGCAGGCACGUGGAGGCGUCGCUGCUGAACAACAGCAGAGUUGCCACGUCAGCAUGUGGCGACUGGCCCGAGGAGUGCUGGGCCGUUCCCCACAUGCCGUUCGCCUCUCUCGCUGACUUCCCCCGGCGCAAUUACCUGGUGUUCGCCAUGUCGGAGGAGCAGCUGAGCAAUGCGCGCACGCACAUCGUGGAGGCCGCUCUGCUCGCCCGCAUGACCAACCGCGUCCUCGUGCUGCCCAAGGCGAGUCGCAGCCAUGUAUCGCUGGGGCGGGACCUGCCCGUGUGCCAGUACUGGGACCUCUCCCGCCUUGCAGAAGCGUCCGACUGGGUGUCGCCGCAGUUCUUCCUGCUGCUCGCCCGUGCCACGCUCGCCAACCCCUCUGUUGGCUUUAUGUGGGUUGAAUCGCCGUACCUCCAACGCCAUGUCUUCCAUUACGACAUGGUGACGGAGUUCCUGGGGCAGCUCAUGCCAUUCACAGGGGGCCACGUGCCACUGGAGGGCAACACCGUACAGCUCACCAUGCCCGCCACCAGCCAGAAAGCAGCUGCACUGCUCAAUGCCUCAGAAGACAGGGACAUCGUGGUGUGGUUCAAGACGACGUGGGAGCGCGUGGAGUUCAGCAGCAACGCGGACGACGCAGCCUUCCCCCUGCUGCCCUACAGCCGCCACCACCACGCCACGGCUGCGCGCCUGCUCGCCCUGCUGCCGCGCCCCUUGAUCGCCGUGCACUUCCGCUCUGAGUUCAUUGCCUUCCGCGUGCAAGACGACAUGCAGGCGCAAGGGCAGCAGGCGAAUGCAUCGAUGGUGCAGCAGAGGCUGGAGUGGUGCGUGGGCGAGGCAGAGAAGCUCAUCAACCGGGUCAGAGCCCUGCUCGCCCACCCCUCCGCUGCCGCCGACCCUGCAUCCGCCCUCGCUGCUCUUGCUGCCGAGGCUGCUGCCCCGAUCUCCAGCCCAGAUACCAGCAGCGACAGCAGCAUGCUCGGCGACAGCAUGAGCACCACCAGCACCAGCAGCAGCAGCAGUAGCAGCAGUAGCAGCAGCAGCAGCGGGGAGAGCAGCGGGGAGAGCAGCAGCGGGGGGAGCAGCAAAGUGUCGGUGUUCUUAGCAGCGGACGUGCCGUUCAACACGUCGGCAGCGCCGGCGCGGUCGGACUCGUGGCAGAGCAUGGUGGAGUGGUACCAGGGCGACCAGGCCGUGCUGCUCUCCUCGCUCGCCGCGCUGCAGCGCCUGAGGAGGAACGUGGCGGGCACUGUGAUGGUGGACGAGCUCAUGCCGCAUGUCAACAGCCUUGACCCAGGUGUGGUGGCGAUUCUAGACAAGCUCGUCUCUGCGCAUGCAGAUGUGUUCCUCGCAGGCUCGUGGAACUGCGGAGGGGGAAGAGGCAACUUAGUGUUGUGGGAUGUAGCGAUGGCUACACGCGCCGUGCAGGGCGGCGUGGACGAGAGCGCGUGGCUGCAGAGCGCGCAGCGGCACGGCUACACGAGCACGGAACGGAUCGCGCGCGGAAUGGAGUCCGUGUGCCGCCGCCUGCAGCGCGUGCAGAGCAGCCUGCUCGCCCGCGGCAGCACGUGCCGGCACUGGCCAGAGCCGUGCUGGCCUGCGCCUGGCGUGCCCUUCUCCCGCAGUACGCCACACGUGGACCGCACAGCCUGCCACUCCCCCUACGCCCCUUCACUCUCCCUCUUUCCCCUUCACUCCCGCCCUCUCCCCUCGACUUCCCCCUUACCCCCUCCACUCCCCCCCUCUCCUCCUUCCAACGCCCCUCCACCCCUGCAGGCGUUGCGGCAUCUAGACGUGCGGGAGAGGCGGCGGUACCUGGUGUUCGCCAUGUCGGAGGAGCAGCUCAGCAACGCGCGCUCGCACCUCGUGGAGGCUGCUCGCGUUGCGCGCAUGGCCAACCGCGUCCUCGGGAGCAACAGCCGGAUAGACCUCUCGCACCCCCUGCCACUCUGCUCCUACUGGGACCUCACGCCCUUUGAUGCAGCGCCCUGGAUCUCACCAGAGCUCUUCCUGCUGCUGGCGCGCGCAGCUCUCAAGAAACCCUCUGUGGGGUUCACCUGGGUCACAUCGCCCUACCUCAACCGCAAUCCCUUUGACUGGGACAUGGUGUCGGUGUUCACAGGGGAGCUGCUGACAUUCGCCCUGGGCCACGUGCCAACGGAGAGCAACACGGUGCUCUUCAACAUGCCUGCUAACGAACACGACAUCGAAAACCUCGUUCGCAAACAAAGAGAUACGGACGUGGUGCUGUGGUUCAAGACGACGUGGGAGCGCGUGUGGUUCGAGCCACACACGGACGACAUAGCGCUGCAGCAGCUGCCGUACAAGCACGAGUGGCACUACCUCGCUGCACGCAUCGUGCAGCAUCUCCCCAAGCCCUUCCUCGCCGUGCACUUCCGCUCCGAGUUCAUCGCCUUCAGAGUGAUGUCAGACAACCAGCUGCUACCCAACGGGCACAGCAACGCAACGACGCUCAAGCAGCAGAUGCAGUGGUGCACGGAGAGUGCCGUGCAGCGCAUCAACGCAGUGAAGCAGCAGCACAACAUCACCGCGGUCUUCAUUGCCGCGGACGUGCCGUACAAUGCAUCCAGUGCUCCCUUGCGGUCGAGCUCCUGGGGCUACAUGGAGUGGCUGUUUGAGACGCCUGUCACCAGCAUGGCCGUACAGCAGCUGCACUGGCUGCGCUCGCGCGUGAACGGCACGGUCAUGAUUGAUGAGCUUAUUCCCGCUCUCAACUCGUACGAUCCCGGAGUGGUGGCGAUAGUGGAUAAGCUAGUGUGCGCCCAGGCAGCCAUCAUGCUCGCGGGGUCGGAGCCGUGUGGAGGCAACCGGGGGUACGAGCAUGACAUUAGCAAGCACCGCGAGAUGUAUGGCACGCCGGAAGUGGAGCGAUGGGGAAUGGAUUUCCCUGCGCCGCCUCCUCCUGCUCCACCGCCUGAGGCUCACAAACGGGAGCGAGAGCGACUCGUCGGAGGGCGGCAGCAGGUAGCGCGCGGCGCGAUGGAGGGCAUGCGGUUCGAGGAGAUGCGGUGGGAGGGCGACGACGUGUCGCCCGAGGACCACAUGCAGCGCGCCGCGCGGAUCGUGGCGCAGGCGAAGUGCGUCGUCGCGUUCACCGGCGCGGGGAUCUCCGUUGAGUCAGGCAUUCCGGACUUCCGCAGUGCGCAUGGGCUGUGGGCGCGCUUCGACCCCGCCACCUACUGCAGCUACCCGGUCUUCCAAACCAAGCCGGAGAUGUUUUGGGAGAUGGUGCGGGCACUGCUGGCGGACUUGGCUCCGGCGCGGCCCAACCCAGCGCACGAGGCGCUGAGGGACCUGCAGCACCUGGGGCUGCUCUCCUGUGUCGUCACUCAGAACGUCGAUGGGCUGCACCAGGAGGCGGGCAGUGAGAGGGUGGUGGAGGUGCAUGGCAACACGCGCACGUGCACGUGCAUGGCAUGCGGUCACAGCGUGCCCAAGGAGGUCGCACUGGCUCAGCUCGAUAAGGGAGUGGCAGUGCCGGUGUGUCCGGUGUGCUCUGGUGUGCUGAAGCUGGAUGUGAUUCUCUUUGGAGAGCCCAUGCCUGCAGCUGCCAUGUCUGAAGCUGUUGCUGCUGCUGCGUCCGCUGAUGUGCUGCUAGUCAUUGGCACGUCUCUCAUGGUGGCGCCAGCCAACAGCCUCACGCACAUGUGUCGAAUGCGUGGAGGCAAGGUGAUAGCUGUGAACCUGGACCCAGAUGCGUUUGUGUCUGCGGAUGUGGGCCUAGAAGGCAAGGCAGGGGAGGUGCUGCCGCAGCUGGUGGCAGCAGUCAGGCAAAGACUGGGGAAGGUGCAAGGGGGUACUGCUGCUGGUGGUGGUGAUGGGCUUCAGUGGAAACUCGGAUUUGGUCGCUCGCACUCUCAUUUUUCCUCAGCCAUGGUGGGCGGGUCGCUAUUCUUCCCGGAUCCGUCAACCCCGCUGUCAGCAUCGCCGCCGGAUCCUUACUCCUCGCGCCUCUUCGGCCGAUCGGCCGCCACGGGAGCUUAUGCAAGCGCUACCGCUGGAUCGCCGUACAAUAGAUCGCCCGCGAUCCCCGUCUCUUUUCCGCCGGACGAUCCCUCGGCUGCGUCGCCGUACUCAAGAGAUUACGGCCAGUACGGGGCUCCCAGCGCUACAGGCCUGUUCGGCCCGCCUCCCACCGCCACGCCCGGCGGUAACGGCUACAUGGACCGCGGGUUGUCGUCCCGCUCCCCCACCUUCUCGCACUUCCCCUCCGUGCCCCCACUCGCGGACUUCCGCCGCGCAGCUCCGCCAAACCCCGCUACAGGAAGCCCCGCUUCAGGGACGCCCGGUAUUGGUUACUAUGACGGUCGCAGCGGGUCUCCGCAGAGUCCUGGUAUGAAUGGAUUAGGCGGAUCUGCUUAUAACGCGAACAUCCCGGUUUCGGGGAGGUUUAACUCUUCCGAGCUCCAACAGCAGCAACAGCAGCAGCAGCAGCAGUGGCAGCGAGGGUUUAAGGUAACUGAGACGGGUAUGGCGAACGGUUGCGCAGGAGGCGCGGAAAGUGCACAAUAUGCCGGCCCUUCGGGCGCGGCGCAAGGCGCGCAGGCGGAGCAAGGAGCGGGGAGAGGAGAGCAAGGACGGGGAAUGGCCCAGGCGCAGCAGGCGGCGCAGAAGCAGGCGGGAACGAACGCAUGGGGCAAGGGGCAGGCGCAAGACGGGCAAAGGAGCGGGGAUAGCUCAAAGGACGGCGGAACUCGUUUUCACACUUCCCCUUACUGCCCCUCAUCUGUGUGCCUGUGUGUUUCUCUCCCCUCGUCUCUCUCCGCGUCUCUCUCCGCGUCUCUCUCCGCGUCUCUCUCCUCGACUCUCUCCGCGUCUCCCUCCGCGUCUCCCUCCGCGUCUCCCUCCGCGUCUCUCCCCGCGUCUCUCCCCGCGUCUCUCUCCGCGUCUCUCUCCGCGUCUCUCUCCGCGGGUGCGCGCAGGUUCCUCCCGGAGGAGCUACCGCUGGUGCUGCGGGAGAUGGAGGGGUGCGGGCGAGUGGUGGAGCACGUGCCGUGUCCCGGACGCGGCAACUGGGUGAACAUCAGGUUCCAGACAGCAGCAGAGGCUGAGAGGGCGCUAGGGCGGUCAGGGCAGCAGGUGUCAGCAGGCACCAUCAUAGGCGUGAAGCUCAUGCAGGGGGGCUCCAGCAGCACAGGCUCUCCCCCGUCAGCACGCGCCCCUCCCCCACCAACCACCUCCUCCUCUGUCCUCUUCUCCACGCGCCCUCCUGCCAUGUCGGGUGCCCCAGGCGCCUUGCCUCAGCCUCAAUCCCGCACCACAGACCCUACCCGCACCGCCUCCUUUUUCCCAGGCGCAACUACUACUUUCGGAUGCCCCCCUGCCCCUGCUGUUCCCUUCACAACUGCUGCUGCCGGUGCCGAUGCCAGUGCUCCAGGGGGUGUUGCAGCAGCAGCAGGGGCUGCGUCUGUGUGGCAGGGUGGUGGGCUGUUCUCUGCUACUCCAGCCCCGGUGCGGCGAGGCCAGCAGCAUAGUGCCAUGGAUAGUCACGGUGCUGCAGUGCCUAUUGCCUCUGCGAACCAGUCUGUGUGGCAGAGGUUGGUGGACGUGGUGUAUGGGCUCUGA